UGGAAACGGUCGGUCAUAUCAGAAUGCGAUGAUUCGAUGAACCAUUAGUGGCGAGUCAAAGCAGGUGAGGCGACGAGUAAGCGAGGGAGACAUGCCAGAUUCAGAUAUAAAAAAAGAAAAAGAAAACGCAACAAGGUGGUCCAUUUGAGAGGAAUUAGGUCCUAUUCCUGUCUUUAUUCUGUUACAAAGUACCCGUCAAGAGUCUAUCUCGGAAUCGGAACUACUCGAUUUUCAGAGAGAAAAAGGUUUGAAAUUUAUGGCGACAGCUGCAUCUGCGUAUAUGAAGCUUCUUUCAAUGGGUACUAAAAUUGUUGCUGUUGGUAGAAAUUAUGCUGCUCAUGCUAAAGAACUCGGCAACGCCGUCCCUAAGGAACCGGUGUUGUUUAUGAAACCAACAUCAUCUUAUUUGCAAAAUGGAGGAACAAUUGAAAUUCCAUAUCCUCUAGAAUCACUUGAUCAUGAAGUGGAAUUAGGGGUUGUUAUUGGACGAAAAGCCAGAGAUGUUUCUGAAGCAGCUGCUAUGGAUUAUGUUGGAGGUUAUGCGCUUGCCCUGGAUAUGACAGCGAGGGAGAUACAAUCUAAUGCCAAGGCUUCAGGCCUUCCAUGGACAGUGGCUAAAGGGCAAGACACAUUCACUCCAAUUAGUUCAGUUCUGCCCAAAUCAAUGGUUCCAAACCCGGACGACUUGGAGCUAUGGUUGAAGGUAGAUGGAGAAACCAGACAGAAAGGGUCAACCAAAGAUAUGAUCUUCAAGAUUCCUUUUCUCGUUAGUUACAUAAGCUCUAUCAUGACACUUCUAGAGGGAGAUGUCAUACUAACAGGCACUCCACAAGGCGUAGGACCUGUAAAAGCAGGGCAAAAGAUAACAGCUGGUAUAACAGAUCUCAUGGAUAUUUACUUCGAUGUAGAGAAACGUAGAAGACAAGUAGGUGGUUGAAACUUGAGAUGAACCUCCACCUCUGGCUGUAGCAAUGGCAGCUCUGACAGGUGUAAGAGUAAUUCGUUUUUCAUCAGUUCAUUUCAACUUUUAUACAGUAAUGUUAUCUCAAAACUAGUUGUAGUUACCAAUAAGAAUCUUAACAUACAACUUCAGCCUGUUGGAUUUUGUAUAUCCAUCUUUCUUGUAAAGUUACAGGAUUGCUGAAUAAUGAUUUUCCGUUGCAAAUUAUAACCUGUUGAACCUGUUGUACUUUUAUGAA